AUGACCAAAGUCGAACAAGCUUUAAACGACAAAGUAUUGGAGCUACAGGAUCAAAUUCAGGAGGUCAUGAGAGGAAAGAACCUAGCCCCAAAUCAUGACUUCCACUUCACUACUGAUCUGGCCUUUACUGAUGAGAUUCAGGCAGAACCACUGCCAAAGGGAUUCAAGAUGCCGGCCAUUGAGCAGUAUGCGGGCACGGCGGAUAUAGAAAAUCACCUGGAAACUUUUAAGUCAUUGAUGUUCUUUCAAGGCACCUUGGAUGCAAUAAUGUGUAGAGCAUUCCCCUCUACCUUGAAGGAGGCAGCGAGACAAUGGUUCACGCGCCUCCGGCCACGUUCCCUGACCAACUUCGUGGAGCUUGGACGGGCUUUUCUGGCACACUUCGUGAGUAGCAGGAUCCAUAAGAAGACAACUGCCAAUCUCUUGGCUAUAAAGCAGUGCCCCGAUGAGUCUACCAGGGACUUUCUCACGAGAUUCAACAAGGAGGCACUGGAGGUGCGAAACUUAGUCCAAAUCAUGAAGUUUCAGGCUCUGUGCAGCGGCAUCAGGGAUGUCGAGUUAAAGAGGUCCUUGAUUAUGGACGAACUAGCAGACAUGUAUGAAAUUUUCUCAUGCUGCAAAAAGCACAUCAAUCUGGCCAAAAUCCUUGCAGCCGAGCAAGAAAAAGAAGGCAAACUCGAGAAGAAAGGUCAAGAAAAGAAAGAUGCUCAGGUUGGGGAGAACGGCCCAAAGCACGGCAGAGAACAGAAGUAG